AUUUAAAAAGUUUUUUCAACAAUACAUGACUUUAAGAACCAAAUACAGCGUGACAUGAUAUAUCAUCUAAAAGUUUAAAUUCUCACAAUUUUCGCCCUGGCCACACAUAACCCAAACGAACAUACCAAGAAAAAUCUUGCAAGCGAAAAGCAGUCCUUAUUAAUAACCAAGAGGGCUCUUCAUUUAUUUACCUUCACCACAAACACAAAGAGAAAAACAUACUCCUACACAGUGAUCAAUAUGGCUGAAGUAGUACUGUACGUUUAUGACAUGACCAAAAGCGGCCACGGCCACGACGCCCACAACUUCAGCAUAGUUCAAAUGAACAAGCUCCUCAAAGACGGUGUCAAUUUCGGGGGCAUCUUCCACACUGCUGUCCAAAUCUACGGCAACGAUGAAUGGGCUUACGGCUAUCGCAGCAAGGGGACCGGCGUCUUCAACUGCCCAGCUGGCAAAAACCCCAGCUACACCCUUCGCGAGAAAAUUAUACUAGGUAGAACAGAGUGUUCCCCUUCCAAAGUCAAUAAAAUGUUGAAGGAGCUUAGUGACUCAUGGCCAGGGAACAAGUACAACAUCGUGUCAAGAAACUCGAAGCAUUUCAGCAACGAGUUGUUGGAGAGACUGGGAGUACCUAAGCUGCCGAGUUGGGUGAAUAGAGUAACAAAUAUAGCAGAUGCUGCAAAGGGAGCAGCGGGGACUCUGAUUAAAGCCAAAGACGAAGCAUUAAAGCGUGUGUUGAAUCCUAUUGAUUUCGCUUUCGGAAGUGGAUCGAAGAAAUCGACUAGUGCUAAAUCAGUGAAAGCUACUCCUUCUGAGUUUAAUAUCAACAUUAGUUUUUUUACUGAAAACUUUAAGGUGUCUGCUCCUGAUAUACAUAACGAAGAAGAUAAUAUCGGGCCUGUUGUCCAAGCUAUUGAGGAAGGGCCUAAUGAUGUUAUUCCCAUAGUUGAAGAGCCUGCCGAUGAUGAUGAUGAUGAUGAUGAGCCUGUUAUCCACAAAGAUGAGGGGUCUAGUAGUACUGUUAUUGACAAGCCCGUGCCCAUGCAUGCCUGAGUUUGCACUGGGAAAAAUAAUUUGGCCGUUGAUUGUAAAUUACUCAUAGUUCUAUUCCUCACCCCCACCCCCACCCCCACCCCCACCCCCAUCUUUUUGUUUUCAAAAUUGGUCUGUUUAUGUGUCGUGUGAGAUAAGGUGUUUUUUUUUUGGUGUCUGUGUGUUCUACGUAUAACAAUGUUUGUGUGGGAUAUAGUUUUACAUGAAUUCGUCUUUUUUUUAUUUUUUCUGCUUUGUAGGAGUAUUUUGUUUUCGUGACUUUUUAUUAUGAUCAGAUAAAUUAAAGCCAGUUGAUCGUCGUA